AUAUUCAUCAAAUUUAGUGAAAAAUGAAUCAUAAAAAAAUAGUCAAAGUCUAAUGAUCUCUAUUACCUGAAUCAAUAAUAAUUUCAUGCAAGGAAGGUUUAUUGGCCGUUGAAUUUUGAGAGUGGGUUUGUGUGAAGUAAGAGUGGGCGUUGUCUCAUACAAUUUUAUUUAAUUUUUACAUGAUUUAUGUGAUUAAGUGUUUGUUGCUUGAUAUUGCAUAAUACACAUCAACAUCCAGCGCAUAGUACAAUUUUAUUUAUUUAUACAUAUACGGAAUUUGUUAAAAAGUUUAAUGUUUCCAUUUUAUUGAGCGCUAAAUGAAGCACAACAGAUUUUUCUUUAUAUGCAAAUUAAAUUAAAAUGCUAAUCCAAGCUACAUAUGUGUAUGAAAGUUGACAUAAAUAAAGUAGCAAACAAAACCCAAACCAACCCAACCCAAAAAUGAAGAGAUGAAUAUUCACUAGUUUUCUCACGUUGAAAUUUGGCCAUUGCGGGAUUUUUGCUGCUUGAUUUUAUUUAUAAUCUGGUCUGACUGAAUUUUGAUAUUUUUUCAUCUUUAAAAUUUCAAGUCCAACUCAGGAAAAUGAAGUCUGCGUUUAAAAAGUUAGCUUUGCAAGACGGCACCGUGAAGCAACUUGACCCGGAGGAACUUUCGAAAAACAUUGUUCUGCACCUUCUUGUUGCUCAGCAGAAGAAGCAACCGACUAAAAAGUCAGAGUUGGUGAAAUCCAUGAACAAUCAAUCCAAGGAUUUCAAACAGACGAUUUCAAAUGCCGAGAGCGAGCUGUGGGACGUUUUUGGGAUGCAGCUUGUUGGAAUAAAGCAAGUCGAUGGACACGUUUGGAGCGAAUGUCCUUGUCCUGCUGCCAGCCAGUUUAUGAUCAUCAGCAAAUUUGCGACCUCGGUCAAAGACAGCUCCGGUUCACCUAGGAUGAUGGCCAAUGUCGUCAAAGGAAGCGCUAUUGGACUUAUCUUGAAUACAUUGUACAUUCUCAAUCGAGAGGUCAAGGAAGAAUUUAUUUGGAACGUGCUCCAGAACGCAGAAUUGGCAAAAGCUGUGAACGAUAGACAAAACAAUCUUCAUCAAUUUUUGAAGACUGAAUUAGUGGAUACUAUGUAUGCAACUCGAUCAGAAGUUAAGACGAAUGAUGAAAGUAGCUUCCAAUAUACCUUGGGGAUUCGUGCACAUCUGGAAUGCGACAAAUAUGCAAUGCUGCAGCAUAUUUCUCGAGUUUUAGGAAAACCAAUAACAAGCUUCAAGAAGCAUUAUGCCGAGCUUUUAUCCGAUAAGGCCUACAGAUCAAGAAUUGUCGAAACAAGUGAAAUCGAACAUGGCGAUCAAUGUGGCGAUGAAGAAAAAGGCCAAAGUCAAGAUGAGGAAAUGGAAGAUUUGCAGGAGGAUGUCGUAGUUGAAACUAAAGAUUCACAAGAUUCAGAAAAUGAUUCACAAGAUUCAGAAGAUGGUUCACAAGAUUCAGAAAAUGAAUCACAAGAAGAUUCAGAAAAUAUAAGAACUGUCAGACGAGGACGAAGCACGAAGUAGUGUUUUCUAGUGUUGUCAAACAUUUAAAAAGAGUUUCAUAAUUUCUAACUAUUUAUUCAAUAAUAAAACAAUAUAUAACAAAAUUAGUUGUUGGUUUAGAGAGUAGAAGGAAAACCCGAAAUUGGGGAAUGGGAAAAUGUUUUAUCUGGAUUGAUAAUUGACUAAUAUUUGUGUCAAUACAUGCAUUAUUUAUUAUUAAAAGUAGAAAGUACAGUGACCUUGAUGCAUUUUCGUAUACGUCAAGGUCUGAAAUUCACUUUCACUUGAAGUGAAAGCCAUCAAUUGAAGAAAUAAAUUGACGGGAUCUUGUCGAGGAAUUCUAUUUCUAUCAAUUAGAGACACUAACGUUACCUAGAUACUUAAUGUCAAGCAAUCGUGGUGUAAGACGUCUAAUUGUCAAAUAAUCUUGAUGGUCUACUGGAUUUGAUAUUUAUCCGCAUAUUCGUUUUCAAAAUAGAAUGGCUUCAAAAAUGUGUUACACUCAUCAUGGGUUUAGGUAGUAGUCGCGUAGACUCUGAAACAUUGCAUGAAAGAAAGCUCUUUGUAAAUCGAUUUGUAACACUACCCCAUUUUAUUGGAGAAUCUGUGUGGCAUAAUACUGACAAAAAUUUCGAACACGUGGAAAAUAUGCUCAAGGAAGGGACCACCAACGACGAAACUAACGGAAACAUUGCACCAAAUGGUCCAGAAAACAUUUAUGACGGAAUAAGACGUCCACUUUCUUCCUCCAUGUCAACUUUUAACAGCACGCCGACCAAUAAAUCUGACCCAGGGACAUUUAUAACCGCAAAAGGAGGACCAGGAGGAGGUGGAGGAGGCGCAUGUCAACAAAGCGGUCCUCGCCCAUCACGCAGGCACCUCAUCCCCCCUGCAACAAUUCAAUUUCGAGACUCCCACUGUUGCAAAGUCCCAUGUCGUCCGUUCCGUGCCACCCUCUUGGAACCUGAUAGUGUCGAAGCGAGAGGAGGAAAUGGCACCCUGAUUACGCUCGAAGACUCAGAAGGCACCCUUGUACUUCCACCUUUUCGCCAAUGGCAAAUAUUCCCAGGGAACAAUCGUUUUUUUUGCGAUGGUUGGAUUAUCACCGGAUCUGACAAGUGGAUUUUUUACCUUAGUUUUAUUCUGCUUAAUUUGGUCUUUGUACUAUUUGCUGGGGUUAUAUGGACAUUACACGAAGAGCGUGCAUGCACAGUAGCAAUAAUAAUUGGUGUGACCGGCUUGGUGCUAUACUUUUACUGUGUAUCCACUAUGCUAUACUGUGCCCUCACUGACCCUGGAAUAAUUCCUCGAUCGACACGAAGUGAGGUUGAAGCAUUUAUGAAGCUGAACCCUUCUGUAAGGCAUCCACAAGGAGUUGAACCUUAUAUACGCGAACGAGUCAAUGGAAAAGAAAUAAUUCGUCGCUGGUGUCCCACGUGCCUGUUGUACAAACCUCCACGUGCCACCCACUGCAGAAUUUGCAACAAUUGCAUAGAAAGAUUUGAUCAUCACUGUCCAUUCCUGGGGAACUGCGUUGGUCAAAGGAAUUACCCAACUUUCUUUGCAUUUUUGUUUGCCAUUGUCAUUUCAGGAAUUUUCAUCCUUUCCGUUUGCGUUUUUGUGGUGUACACGAAAUUAACGCGUUCAAAAAAUAUGGCAUUGACCAUGAGCACGUGGGAGGUAAUCUUAUCCAGUGUUGUCGGCAUCCUUGCACUGGCAUCUACCAUUCCGGUUAUGAUUCUGUUAUACAUGCACAUCGACAUGGUGCUCUCGGAAGUGACGACAAACGAAGAUAUAAAACGAGCUUAUGGAAAUCAUAACCCAUUUGACACUGAAAGUAAACUCAAGAAUUGUAAAAUUGUCCUGUUUUCCCCCAGAAUUCCAAGCUUGAUAAUGAGAACAGAAUUUGUAACGAGAGAUUGGUUGGCGAACGUGGAAUAUUUCGACUCCGUCCAGAUUGCGUUGCUAAAAAGGUUUGGCAGAAGAACAAAUUCGAGUUCCACUUUAAAUUCUUCAGCUAUAACUUCCCAGGAUGCUACUAGAAUAAAACCUAGAGAAAUUUUGCGGGACAAUAAUGACAUGCAAAGCCAUGCAAAAAAGUCAUUCGUAUUUCUGCACAAUAAAAGUGAACCAGAUAUUGCCAGGAACGAAACUAACAAUAACAGUGAUGACGUUACUGUCGACUAUAAGGGGAAAUGGAUAGGAAAUGGCGACGGCGGACAUGUCCAGAUCAAACGACGCAGUGAUACAAGAAUCAAUAUGGAACAAUUAGAGUACGCUCCUCCAACUUGGGACAUGGGCAAUUUAUUGGUCAGAAAGGGCCGUCUCUUACGAAAUUGCUACAGUGAAUAUGACUUUGGAAGUGGUCACAGAAACUGCUGCCUAGAUGGAUGGAACAACAAUCAAAGGAUCGGUCCGAGUUAUGAACGCCAAUAUAUUUCGUCAACCGUGAUUACGAUUACAAAUAAUAAAAAUAGCAAUUAAAUUAAAUAUUGUUGACGUUUUUGUUACACUGUUUGUUGUUGUCCCUGAUAUAUAAAAGAAAUGUCA